AUUCUUAUCUUACCCCCAUCUAUGCCUAUAGAUAGUUUUUGUUUUGUGAAUCUGUCAAAAGAAAAGUCAAAAUAACGUAAACGUGUGACAUCUGGAAAAUCGUAUUUUUCUUUAAGGCCCUGGAUCGCCGUAAAAAUGGGUAUUUUGGAAAAGAUAUCAGAAAUUGAGAAAGAGAUAUCAAGGACACAAAAGAAUAAAGCUACCGAGUACCAUUUGGGUCUUUUGAAAGCAAAAUUAGCAAAAUAUAGGUCUCAGCUGUUGGAACCGUCGAAAAAAGGAGGUGAAAAGGGUGAAGGUUUUGAUGUAUUGAAAAGUGGAGAUGCUCGAGUCGCUCUUAUUGGAUUCCCCUCAGUAGGAAAGUCAACAUUGCUAUCUACUUUAACUAAAACCGAGAGCGAAGCAGCAUCAUAUGAAUUCACAACUCUGACUUGCAUACCAGGAGUUAUAGAUUACAAUGGAGCCAACAUUCAGUUGCUAGAUUUACCUGGUAUUAUUGAGGGUGCUGCACAAGGAAAGGGAAGAGGUAGACAGGUUAUAGCAGUAGCUCGUACAGCGGACCUGAUUCUUAUGAUGUUAGAUGCCACAAAAAAGGAUGUCCAUAGACAUUUAUUAGAAAGAGAAUUGGAAAGUGUUGGAAUUAGGCUCAACAAGAAGAAGCCCAAUAUUUAUUUUAAGAUUAAAAAAGGUGGUGGCAUCUCCUUCAAUUCAACACUGCCGCUCACAAAAAUAGACGAAAAAUUAGUCCAGCUGAUAUUACAUGAAUAUAAAAUAUUCAAUGCAGAGGUCUUGUUUAGAGAAGACUGUACAGCAGAUGAAUUAAUUGAUGUUAUUUGUGCGAAUCGAGUAUAUUUGCCUUGCCUAUAUGUGUACAAUAAGAUUGAUCAGAUUUCUAUUGAAGAAGUGGAUAGGAUUGCUAGAACACCUCAUAGCGUUGUUGUUAGUUGUAAUAUGAAGCUCAACCUAGACUAUUUGCUGGAGAUUUUAUGGGAAUACCUUAGGCUAAUCAGAGUUUACACCAAGAAACCUGGUCAACCUCCGGAUUUCAGUGAUGGGCUGAUUUUGAGAAAAGGUGUCACUGUUGAACACGUCUGCCAUGCGAUCCACAGGACGUUAGCCCAGCAUUUCAAAUACGCCUUAGUUUGGGGAACAAGCACUAAAUAUUCGCCUCAACGAGUUGGCGCUAGCCAUGUAAUGCACGAUGAAGACGUUAUCCAAGUUGUUAAGAAAUAAAAUCAUCAUUUUUAUAAUUAUCAUAGCAGCAAUUGUAUUUGUAUAAUAUAUAUUUACAUUGAUUGCCUUCUUCAUAUAUUAAGAUUAUUAUAAUAUGUUCUGUGAAUAUGUUGUCAGUUUAUUUUUCAACGCUUUGAUUUGUAAAGCUGAUACAAUAAAACAAAAACUUUUUUUUUCUCAUUCCUCAAGGUUACA